AUGGUCCUGCUGAAAACCCCCAACCGAAGCUGCCUCUACCUCUCUCUCUCUACCUGUCUCUCUCUACCUCUCUACGUCUGUCUUUCUACCUGUCUGUCUCUCAGGAACCAGGCGAAGACUGAGGGUCGCUCUGACCUGAUUCCCUCCAUUAAACUGCGUCACUGCUGCCUGCUGAGGAACCAGCGCUGCGUCACCGCCUACCUCUACGACCGGCUGCUGAGGAUCCGGGCGCUGCGCUGGGAGUACGGCAGCGUGCUGCCCGCCAACGUCCGCUUCCACAUGUGUGCCGAGGAGGUGCAGUGGUUCAGUCAGUAUAAGAAGUCCCUGGCGUCCUUCAUGCGGUCUCUGGGUGGCGGCGAGGGUCUGGACAUCACGCAGGACAUGAAGCCUCCCAAGAGUCUGUACAUCGAGGUGAGGUGUUUAAAGGACCACGGAGAGUUUGAGAUCGACGACGGGACGGUGAUCCUGCUGAAGAAGAACAGUCAGCACUUCCUGCCUCGCUGGAAAUGUGAGCAGCUGAUUCGUCAGGGCGUCCUGGAGCACGUCAUGUCCUGAUGGCGUCCGAUCGCUGAUCAAGCGGGCAAAAUGUUUGAUCGUGUCGAGCUGUCGGAAGUCUUUAAUCCUGCUGUCCCUGAACACAACGCUUUUAUUCUGAUGUCAAAAUAAAGUUUGUUUCUCUAAAA